AUGGAAAGUCCGGAAAUUGAAAGCAACAAUAAUAAUCAAAGAUCUAAGGAUGAGAAUAAAAAAAGUGACAUAACUUAUGGAAUUGAUCAGGUACCUCCUUGGUAUUUGUGCUUUUUUAUGGCAAUUCAGCACUAUUUGACUAUGAUUGGUGCUGUAGUUGCAAUUCCUUUUAUUUUAACUCCUGCUUUGUGCAUGGACGAUUCAAAUCCAGCAAGGGGAACCAUAAUAUCCACUAUGAUAUUUGUGACUGGAUUAGUAACAAUUUUUCAAUCAACUUUUGGAUGCAGAUUACCACUUGUUCAAGGUGGAACUAUUAGUUUCUUAGUUCCAACACUUGCAAUAUUGAAUCUCGAUAAAUGGAAAUGUCCUGAUGAUACAUCAUCUAUGACGAGUGAAGAGAAAGAGGAAUUGUGGCUGAUAAGAAUGCGAGAGUUAUCGGGUGCAAUUAUUGUAGCUUCGUUGUUUCAAGUUUUUAUUGGAUAUACUGGCCUUGUAGGAAAAUUUGUAAAAAUUAUUUCACCAUUGACCAUUGUACCAGCAGUCAGUUUGGUUGGAAUUACACUGUUUCAGCAUACUACAGAAGCUGUUUCUAAAAAUUGGUUUAUUGCUGUCAGCACAACAAUUUUAUUAGUCUUGUUCUCGCAAAUUCUCGUCAAUGUCAAAGUUCCAGCUGUAACUUAUCGUAAAGGAGAUGGGUUCAAGAUUAUUUGGUUCGAGCUGUUCAAAUUAUUCCCAGUUUUGCUUGCUAUCGCCAUUAUGUGGCUAGUAUGUGGAAUUUUAACAGCUACAGAUGUUUUUGGACCUGGAAAUCCAGCCAGAACUGAUGUAAGGAUCAAAGUUUUAGAGGAUGCUCCGUGGUUUAGAAUUCCGUACCCCCUUCAAUUUGGAAUGCCCACAUUUACAGUUUCUAGUAUUCUUGGGAUGUUGGCAGGCGUUUUAGCAUGUACCGUUGAAUCAAUUUCGUAUUAUCCCACGGUAGCAAUUAUGUGCAAUGCAGCAUCUCCUCCUGUUCAUGCAAUUAACCGCGGAAUUGGAACUGAGGGAUUCGGUUGUGUCUUAGCUGGUUUAUGGGGUUGUGGAAAUGGAACGAAUACAUUUGGAGAAAAUGUAGGAGCAAUAGGAGUCACAAAAAUCGGUUCGCGACGAGUUAUUCAAUGGGCAGCAGUUAUCAUGCUUAUUCAGGGUGUUUUUGGUAAAUUAGGUGCAUGCUUCAUAUUAAUUCCUGAUCCAGUCAUUGGAGGUUGCUUUUGUGUCAUGUUUGGAUUGAUCACAGCUUUUGGACUGUCUGCAUUACAAUAUGUUGACUUGAGAUCUUCUAGAAAUCUAUAUAUUAUUGGAAUCUCGUUAUUUUUUCCACUUGUUUUAUGUCCAUGGAUUCAAGACCAUCCUAAUGCCAUCAAUACAGGCGUUGAAAUCAUAGAUUCAACUCUUUCUGUUUUAUUAGGAACCACAAUUUUAGUGGGUAGCGUCAUUGGGUGCUUAUUGGAUCACAUAAUUCCUGGAACGAAGGACGAACGUGGAAUCACUUUAUGGUCGAAGGAAAUGGCAUUAAAUACUAAUGAACAAACAACUGAUGAAGCUUCAACCUAUGAUUUUCCUAUUGGAAUGGAAACAUUAAGGAAGUGGAAAUUUACUUACUACUUGCCAUUCUCACCAACAUACAAAAUGAAGAAAUUUUAA